AUGGAUAUCGUAAAGUGUAAUAACUGUAACAUAGUUAUUUGUGAACUAUUGGCUUUUGUGCAAAAUAAAGCUGAUGUAAUGGAUGAAGACAGUAUACUUCGUUUGUGUUCUACUGCGUUCACAACGGAUGAAAUCACACAGGCGAAAAAAUUACUUUUCGAGUCGGUACAAACUAUAACGCGAAAGAAAAGAAAAGGUGAAGGAAAAAGUAAGCGAGAUAUGGAAGAUAUUCUAUGUGUGAUCAAAGAAACAGACCCUGAUUUGAUACCUAUUUUUGUGGCAAGGGACUUACAUCGUCUUCCCCCGGUCACAUUUGAUCAUGUAGACGUCACGAGACUGUUAAGGGACAUUAUUAAACUGCAAGAUAAUGUGUUGUUUAUAAAGGAAAAUUAUGCCACUAAGGAAAUGGUUUUGAGUCGAACGUCGGGGAUGUAUGGUAACAAAAAGAGAGAGGCUGCUAUACAAGACAGUUUUGAGUGCAAUAGUGAUCCAAUUGGUCUUUCGCAAAGUAUUUCAACGGAAGAAUUUCAAACCGAUUCAACGAAUAUCAUUCAUACUUCUUGCAUUGACAACACAAAGAUUCAACGCCCGGUGGCUCAGUCACUGUCAUCUGAUUCGCUCGCACACAGGGUAUCAUGUCAUAGUGACCUCUCACUUUCAUGUCCAACCGAGCGGCCGAGCGGGGAAACGGGUUCUGGCGGUAUACGACCUGCGGUUUCGCCUGCGCAUGUAACAUUGCGGCGACCGGCGAGAAUCGAGGUGAGUCAGCCUAGCAACAACUCAUAUUCCGAUGCGGCUUCGCGCGCGCCUCGGGAGUCGGAGGUAGCGGGUUCGAAUAAUGGGAGAAUUUGCAAAAAUGAUGACUGGGUUCUGGUGCAACGAAAGCGAAAGAACAGAUUCACUGCGAUGAAGGGAAAGGCAGAUAAUCAGUACAAUUCUUUUAAAGCGGCAAAUACGAGAAUACCGUUUUAUAUAUAUAAUAUUGAUAUUAAUUGCCAGACUGAAGACAUCUCUAAUUAUAUUACGAGCAAGACCGGUGUUGACGUGCAAUUGGAGAAAGUCAAUAUGAAAUUUAAAAAAGAUUAUGUAGGGUACAAGUUUAUGAUCCCUAAGGAUAAAUUAUCGAUGUUUAUGGAUGAGAACUUAUGGCCUUGUGGAGUAUCUUACCGCAGGUUUGUACAGUUUAAUAACCAUUGGAAAACAAGGGAUGAACAGAAAUUAAUUACUCAAAAUGGUUAA